AUGAAAUUCAACAAGUCGUUCCAGCUCGUUCUCAUCCUUUGUUCGGCAUACGCCGUAUUGUCAACUCCACGAGGCGUUGCUAUGAAGGUAGCAAAAGGGCGCAGAGGAGUUCUGCCAUCGAGAGACGUGUCCUCUGAAGCCCAGGUGAGCUGGACUCAGGUUGACCAGGUUCUAGGCAGAACCGCGGCUACGCCGGUUGAUGGAGUUCAUCGUUACAGCUUCCCGAGAGCCGACAUGAACGUCACCGUCGGCAGCACGCACGUUAACGCUGGGUUCGCGUUAGGGAGCUUCGCAGCCUUUAUGCUAUCAGAUGAUGACGCCAUAGUGAUGGGCGACCUGGUUCUUAGCGAAGAAGAGGUUAACCCUGUCAUGUCGGCGCUGCAGAAGGGGGGGAUCCAGACGACAGCAAUACACAACCACCUUCUGUUUGAGAAACCAGCGGUGAAAUAUGUCCACUAUAAGGGGCAAAAGGAUCUCGCGUCGCUGGCGAGGACUCUUCGCACUGCCCUUGGCCUAACGAAAACUCCUCUCACGGCUCCUGCCCCAAACAAUGGAACCAGUCCACUGCCAUUCAAUACCACGGCCCUUGACUCCAUCAUAGGUUAUCCUGGGAAGGCAAACAAUGGAGUAUACCAAUACAGCAUCCCCCGGGCAGAGACCAUCAUGGAUGGAGAAAUGACAAUACCACCUGCAAUGGGUGUUGCCACUGCCAUCAAUUUCCAGCCAACCGGCCGCACGACUGCGGCUAUUACCGGCGACUUCGUCCUUCUUGCAUCUGAAGUUCCGCUAGUUCUCCAAGUCUUGAGCGAGAGCGGCAUUCAGGUUAACGCCCUAUAUAAUCACAUGCUAACUGAUUCUUCCCGACUAUUCUAUAUCCAUUUCUGGGCAGUCGACGAAGUUGUAAAAUUAGGAAAUGCGCUGAGGAGCGCUCUAGCUCGCACGAAUAGCAAGAAGCCAGGUGCCUGA